UAAAGGUGCGGCUUAUGUCGCAUCAUAUGAUUCGUGUACCUGCAACUUUCGGUUUCAAUCAUUAUAAGGUAGCUUUUAUUAUGUGAUUAUGUAAUAUAUAGGGACCAUGGGUCAGACUGAAGGAAAGGGUAAAGAGACAAGCGUGGACAGAAAUGAUCAUGACCAAACACUUGAAUACCAACAGAUCAACCGCAGACUCACAGAACAGUAUAGAUGUAUUGAUGACGAACGAAAAAGGCUACAGAAGGAGAAGGAUGAAGCGGAACGACGAUUGGGUAAACUGAUGUCAGCAAAAAUAUAUGACAACAACCCCGCCAUUGCUGACCUCAGCGACCCCUACCGACCAACUAAACUGGCCGAUCAGUUCUCGAGUCUUUAUGACAACGAGUGGACCGACGCGUUCGAUGUGCUUCAGAAUCUCAACUGUUCAGAGCAACAAACUGUUCAAAUCCUUCUUGACCUUGUGAUGGAGUCGUACGAGUUUUGUCGCGGCAAGAUAGACGCGACAUGGGCAUUCGUUCAAAAAUGGUUUCUUGUGAAGGAUAUUUCUUCUGUUGAAACUAUCAAGGCAUUUAAAGAUGGAAGAAAACAGAAAUCCGUUGAUAAUAUACCGGAAAUACAAGAGGAAUUUUACCUGCACGUAUGUGAACUAUUUAAGAGCGAGGAUAUGAUGAACGAACUGGUGAAUUCCAAACCAUUAAAGAAAUACAUCAACGAGUGUAUAAGGUUGUGCCUUAUGAUGAACGCUUGCGAUCCGCCUGUAUUUAUUGAAAUACCCGGAUGGAAACCGUUCAAAGAACGUUCGGGUAAGGUUGCAUCAAGUACAGAGAGAGGGCAUACUUAUUCAGUUGAUAAGGUAGAGGAUGGAUCGUGGAGGUGUAAUGAACACGCCAAUAUAGAGCCCGAGCAGAUCACUCGUAAAGAACACACGGUAGGGCCAGAUGAUGAUGAACAAACAAGAACUUACCAAACUGUGUCUAUGACUUGUGAUGAGAAACUUACACAAACACUUACGACCGAUAAUGCUUUCGAAUGUGGUCAAAAUAAGAUAGAAAAUAGUGGAGCUUCACAUAUUGAGUUGAUAGGUACAAAUGUUGUAAAGAGAAGCACUGGUGGAGUUGCAAGAGAUGGACGAGAUAGCACAGAAAGCAAAGUCGAAAUAUUAAACAGCAACACUGGCGACAGUUCAGGCAAAGGGCAAGAGGACACAGGAAUCAAAGUCGAUAAAGUAGAAAGUAACACCAGAAGGAUCGCAAAUGGUAGGCAAGAAAUCAUAGAGACCAAAGUUGAUGAAGUAGAUACUAACGCAAGAGACAUCACCUGUGAUCGACAAGAAAGCGCUAGGAUUAAAGUCGUUUACAUAGAAAGUGCUCCGCAACAUAUAACGAAUGAAGCGACUAAUAUAGUCGAAACGAUGAAUGGUUCAAAUUCAAAUGCGAGUACCAGCUUAUUAAAUAAGACGCGAGGAGAUGUUAAUUCUUUAAUUGAAACGAGCGUUAAAGGACGCAACGAUGGAGAACCCGUUUUUGAGGCGAAAUCAGACAAGCACGAUAGCAGUAUUGUAGAGUCAUCUGAUAUCGACGAAUGUUUUGAAGCUCGGGAACACAACGUGGAUAUGGAUGUAAACAUAAGACCAGAAUUUGACACAAAUAAGUACAGAGAAUACACGCAUAGAGGAAAGUAUGUUGAGUACUAUGUUUGGCCUGUUGUUUAUUUGCAUCAAAAUGGAGCAGCGCUUAGCAGGGGUAUUGCUCAAUGCACGAAUUAUCCAAGCCCCUGUCUUUAAAAGACGAAUGACAUUUUGAUGGCAUUGCAGCUCCUAAAUAAAAAAGCAAGAGUUUAUGUUUUACAGAAAGUACAUUUUUCUGAAACACAUAUUUUCAUAUAAAACAAAUAAUUUGUAGCUAUUGUAUUGUGAGUCAGUCUUUCAUGGCACCAUUGGUUGUAUAAUUACUUUACGGUUUAAACCCGUGCAUGUAGACUUUCCCAUUCUGAACAAUAAGUACUGCAUCUGCUACUUUAUUUACUUGGCCUGAUGGGGUUUCAUUGAUGUGUAUGUUAUAAAUACAGCAGUUCUUUGUGUUUUGCAAUCGUAUAUGCUUAAUAUAUUCCGGAAAAGAAUAUGCAUAAUUCA